AUGACUUCGUACGAGAAGAACGGCUACGAUGUCGAAUACCAGUAUCCCGUCUCAUCGGGCGACAAACACCACUCAGUGGUCCCUCCGGACGCCUCAGGCGCUGUCCAUGGGGAAUCAUUUGUCAUCGGGGACUCGGCCUAUGCAAAGUUACAACGUCUGGCAGGACGGUUCAAUAUUGAACAGCGAGGUAUUGAGCGAGUGCCUGAAGAUGAACGGACGGAUAAGAGUGUUUUCAAAGUCGGCACCAUGUGGCUUGCCGCCAACAUGGUCGUUUCUUCCUUCGCCAUUGGCGUCCUCGCUGUGCCCGUUUUUGCUUUGGGCUUCGUCGACUCGGUGCUCACUAUUCUCUUCAUCAAUAUCCUGGGGAUUUUGCCUGUCUGCUUCUUCUCGACAUUUGGUCCUCGAUUCGGCAUGCGCCAGAUAAUCCUCGGCCGCUUCUGGUUUGGGUAUUACGGAGUGAAGAUCAUCGCCAUCUUCAACUCCCUGGCUUGUCUUGGCUGGUCUUCCGUUAACGUCAUCGUCGGCGCCCAAUUCCUCCGAGCAGUCAAUGAUAACUUCCCGUCAGCGGCAGCUAUUAUCGUCCUUGCGGCAGGAACCUUCUUGAUCACCCUGUUCGGCUAUAAGGUCGUGCACUUCUAUGAGAUGGUCUCCUGGAUCCCUUGCUUCAUCAUUUUCCUCAUCACGUUAGGUGUGUUUGCUCACCGAGGUGACUUCGUCAAUAUCCCUAUGGGUAGUGGCGAAGGCGAGGCAGGGUCCGUCUUGUCUUUUGCUGCUUCGAUCUUCGGAUUUGCCACAGGCUGGGCCUCCUAUGCCAGCGACUACACAUGCUAUCAACCCGUCAACACGCCACGGACCAAAGUCUUCGUCUAUGUCUUCAUUGGUCUCUUAUUCCCGUUAUGCUUCACUCAGAUGCUCGGUGUGGCCAUUGCGACCGCAAUCCCCUCGAACCAGGCGUAUGCAGACGCCUACGCAAAGAACGCCGUUGGUGGCCUCUUACAUCAGGUCCUCGUUCCGCGGUUAGGUGGCUUCGGAGAAUUCUGUCUUGUUGUCCUAGCUCUGGCGACUCUCGCCAACAACGUCCCGAACAUCUACUCACUCACGUUUUCUUUGCAGAUUCUCACACACUACGCGCAGAGAGUCCCACGAUUCCUUUGGACGCUCGUUGGAACGGUCAUCUACUGUGCCAUUGCGAUCCCAGGCUAUGACCAUUUCGAAUCUGUGCUGGAGAACUUCAUGCUGGUGAUCGGGUAUUGGCUCGCUAUCUACGAAGGUAUUGCUCUGCCAGAACACUUCCUCUUCAAGCGCGGGUUCUCGGGCUAUGUUCCAGAGUAUUACGAUCAGCCGAAACAGCUACCUCCUAGCAUUGCUGUCUUGGGUGCAUUCCUUUGCGGUGUGCUAGGUGCUGCGAUGGGAAUGGCUCAGGUCUGGUAUAUCGGUCCUAUUGGCAAGCUGAUUGGGAUCGGGUAUGGUGGAGAUAUUGGAUUUGAGUUGGCAUUCUCAUUCACGGCUGUCACGUAUGUCCCAUUUAGAUGGUUGGAGAGGAGACACUUCCAUCGAUAG